AUGACCCCAGUAGGUCUUGAUGAUUUCUACGUCGAUUGGAGUUCUUUCGAGGCACAGGACUUCAAGACAUCGCCGCAUGAGCUGCAAGCUACGGCGUACUCUCCAGUCAAGCACUUUUUCCAGUGGGAAGAGUUUGAUGCGAAGGGCAAUCCAAAACCAAUUGGGCAAAGGUUUUCCCACCUGUUCUUCUAUGGUGUCAACCUCCCAGAUGAAUCCGAAUGGCGCUUUGAACGGCCGCUUGGCAAAGGCUCCUUUGGAGCGGCAGCACUAUUCGUAAAGGUCGAUGAAACGCAAAAUGUUGUCGAUCAAUUUGCAUUGAAAGUGGCCGAUCUGAAAUACAAUGAAUGUCUUCACGAGAAUAAGGCUGGCCUCACUCACGAGGCCGCUGUCAUGGCCCAGACCAAUGCCUUCAAAUCGGAAAGCGUUGUCCGACUACGGCAAUUCAAUGUUAGUGGGGAUUAUGGCCGGUAUUACUCGGAAUUCUGCCCAUACGACAGCCUGGAGUCUUUGCGGCUGAAGUACAAGGCUUGGAAUAUGUACCUUCCGGAGGCCUUUUUAUGGCACGUCUUCUACGCUCUGGCAGAGGGAUGCCUGAAAUUCAGUAUUGGCCCUUUCAAGAACCUCGCCUCAAGUCGCUUUGGUCAACACUUCCCUGGAGCAUAUCUCCUGCACAAUGACAUCAAGACGGAGAACAUCCUUCUAGGCUCUAAUAUCACCAAAGACGGCAAGCGGCAGUGGUAUCCGGUCGCCAAAUUUGCAGACUUCGGUUUGUCCAUAAUCACGAACCCGUAUGAGGCAUUGAGGAACACAGCUCGCUUUCUGCAAAAAGGAACGAAAGUGUGGUACCCACCAGAACAACGAUCCUCCAUGAUGACAGACUACAAGAAAUAUUAUUUCAUUCAGCCGGGCAUCAAUUCGCUGCGCCGGGACGAACACAAAAUUCUGGCACAAGCGAACAUAUGGGCCGUUGGUGCCGUCAUGUGGAGCUUACUCACUCUAGACGAGAUUGAUGAUCUGAGCGACCGCAUAAACGAUAUUCUCAUGGGCAAGACUCGCACGUUCGACGGCAUGAAUAUUGUAAAACGCUUCCACCCGGGAGUCAAUCGCCGAUAUAGCUCUGAGCUACUUGAGCUUGUCCAGGCGUGCUUGCGAAUGAGGACGCAAGACAGACCGAGCCCGCAGGAUCUGUUCAGAGAUGUGCGCCGGCAUUUACGCCACUGUCAGCAGAAAGAGACAGAAGGCGUGGAGAAAACUGGCAAUUGGGAACAUUUGAAUGUUGCAUGUUCACCGAGCGAGAUCAGCAAACUGCCGGAUGGAGGAGCGAAUUUCGAGAAGAACGAAGCCUUCUGGCGGGCGUAUGCGGACCACCUUCUCUGGAUUCCACGAGAAGCCGAUCUGCCAUGUCCGCCCUUUGCGCCAGACGAGCUGCCUGUGAAUACCAAUUGGCCUGCCAAGUUGCGCGAACAGCUAAAGCAGCGAUGGGCUUCCGCCAUCAAAGCUCGAAAUGGGCAGCAGUCCACACGUCCCUCGCCGCCAUCAGAAGGUCGGAAGCGGACUGCGUCGACGGCCUUCCCGGAUGGAGAAGAGCCUGUAGGAAACGAAGACCAAGCGGAUAAAGAAAUACCGCGGCGCAAGCGAGACAAAGGUGAUUCUACGUGCUCGGCUACGUACGUUCGCGACCGAUACAAAGCGUUCAUCGCAUCCGUACUACCGUGAGUGCAGCCGGCCUACACUCCAUCGCAUCUAAAGCGGCAAUCCACAAUGGUCGAGCUAUGCAACCGCCUGUCGGAGGAGUCGCGAACAAACCCGCAGUCAGCGAGGAUCUUCGACAGAUGCAUUUCCCAGCAAUCGAGCAUCUUUCAACAC